AAUUAGUGUCCGCUUUGCUGUCUCUGCUUUCAGGGCCUCUGUAGGCGCUCAGGGAACAAGCAGCGAGGGGGAGCAGGUGGCCUGUCAGGGAGCAGGGAACGGAGACGUGUGACUGUCGGAGGCCGGGAAGGAUCGGUGCAGGUCACAGGCCCAUGGAGGAGAGAAACCAAUGGGAAGCAGGGCGUGCGGUCCGAGGGAGCGCGCCCAGCCAAUCAGAGGGAGGGAUCCGGCUGCGUGGGCGGGGAGCCGAGGGGCUGGCGAGAGUGGGACUUGCAAGGAACGAGGGUUUGGUAGGGGUUGGCAGAAAAACUGGGAUUUGCGGUCCAAGGGUAGGGAACUGAAGUCCCUGAGCCUGGUGACCCCAGUAUGGAACGGGGGUACCAGUGGCAUCCGUGGCCUGAGCAGGGCAGUGGACCCAGAGGGCAGUCAGUGGAAGGGGAGGACGUUGCUCCAGUUCCUGACUCACCGCUUCUAUGACGUGGAAGCUAUGAGGGAGUACCUGCUCCAGAAGCAGGUGUUGAAGGUGCAACAGAAAAAUCGGUCCUUCGCCUACAUCAAGGAGCGGUAUGGCCUCUACAUCGCAAGUGCCUAUUUUGUCCUGAAGCAGGGAGGCGCAGUCAAGUUUCAGGACAAGGAGUGGAUGAGGCCACAUGGGCGUGGCCUCUCCUCUGGUGAGCUCUGGAAGCUCCAGGAGGUGCCUAUAGAGGCUGUCGACGCCAGUGGCUGUGCCAUCAACUACCAAGGCCUGGACAACCUCUUGGCCCUGAAGGAGCUCCAGUCGCUGUCGCUGCAGCGCUGUCCCCACAUGGAUGACUGGUGUCUCAGCCGCCUCUACCAGCUGGCCGACUCGCUACAGGAGCUCUCACUUGCUGGUUGCCCCCGAAUCUCUGAACGGGGCCUCGCCUGCCUCCACCAUCUCCAGAACCUCCGCAGGCUGAACAUCUCUGACCUUCCUGCCGUGUCCAACCCAGGCCUCACUCAGAUCUUGGUGGAGGAGAUGCUGCCCAACUGUGAGGUUCUGGGGGCUGACUGGGCACAGGGCCUCAAGUUGGGGCCAGAGGAGCAGUCCCGGGAUACAGCCAGGAGCCCCAUCCCUGCGUAGCCUUCGGGCCCCUCCCUGUCAAGCUGGGUCUCAGCUGGGCUUUGAGAGGCUAACAGCUCGUCCUUCUGGCUUCCAGUGGGUUCACUCAACUUGGGGGUCGGGCUGGGACGAGGGGCACUGGCAGAUUGGAGGGAAGGAGAGCGUGAGGUUGGGGGGUUUGUUCCCCACUGCAGGGGUGCUGUGGCUGGCUGCACCCUGGGCUGAAGCUCACAACUCUGUCAGCCUGUCAGGCAGCCCUGUCCACACAUGUCUCUCCUUCCCAGUUCCAGGAACCACCUUCUCCUGCCUCUUCAGGCCUGGGGGAGGUGAGGGCUUCUGGCUGCAAGUAGCCCCAGGGAGCUGCACCCUCCCUUGUGGUUCCCCACUGUGUCCACCUCUUAAACUUCUCUUAACUUUCGUCAGAAGACUCUUGUCAGAUGAUCCCACUUGAAUGUGCUACUAUUUUCUGCCAGGACCUGGCGGAUAAAGUAGGCGCUACCAGCAUUUUACAGGGAUGGUUCUUCCCUAUAUGGGACGACUUAGCUCACUGCAGGCUGCAGCAUCCCUGGCCCACACCCACUAAAUGCCGGGAGUACCUCAGGUCCCACAGUGUUCCCGCUGAGUUAUUGACUCUCAGCUACAAGUUCAACUUUGUUUGCUCUGUGAAAAUUGAUCUGGGCCUUUGAAAUAUUUUUGCUUUGCUCACUGGCCUGAUAAGGUUUGCCAGUAGAGGGUGCUCGAGAUGUACCUCGAGAGGAAAGGCUUUUCUUCCUGGCUCUGCUUAGGUGUGCUAGCUCAGCCGCCCUGCAGCGCAUGGCUUCCCCCGUGCCUGCUUCCUGAAGCAUCAGGUUGUCACCAGCUCCCCUGGCACCCCCACCCCCCAUCUGGCAGUUCGGUAGAGGAGAGCCUCCACUGAGGCACCUCCCUGUGAAUGCCUCUCCACCACACCCCUGAAGGUGGAUUUCCAGUAAAUUCCAAGGCACCUUACCAGUAAAUCCCUUAUUUUACUUUGCUAUUAAAGUCAUUAAUUUUCUAUAUUAAACUUUCCCUA